AUGUUGUACUUGGCUGCUUUAUUACCUUUCCUGGCGUUAUCCGCCCCGGUUCUAGCUAAACCCCUACCUUCCGGCGAGGAAUCAGCUGCAAGCUUAACAGAGAGCACCGCAGCCUCAACGGUAGCUUCGGGGUACCCUAGCUCAAUAGCUGCUGAGACUUUGACUGAAAGCGCAUCAAGCUCCGAGCCAUCAUCGUCAUCACCAUCUUCAGUAGUAGCCGUCGAUACUUCUACUGGAUCCGAGAAUGGUACUACGGCCACAUCGACCGCUGCUGAUGCUGCGCAAUCAACUAUCGAUAUCUACAGCCACGAGACUGUUCAUAAUGUCCAGAUUCAAGCUUAUAGAGAUACAAAGUGUCUUUCUCCCGAUCCACGAGAGGAACUCAAAGCGGGAGCACCGGUAGAUCUGUACCCUUGUGUCAACUCCGAAGAUUCCUCGAAGAAUGCUAGAGCAUGGGAUGUUGUUCCAGGUGAAGGUGCUUUGGUAUUGAGCGGGACGAAUUUCGCUUUGGAUGCUGGAGGCGUCAACGCCUCUGCCAACUCUUCUUUGGUUCUCAAAGAAUCUCAAAAUUGUGAACCCCUUCAAGCGUGGUAUGUGACCAAUGAUGCUAGGAUCGCCAUUGCAGGUCAAGGUCUGUGCUUGACAGAAGACAAAGAUACGGAUGGUUCUGGACCUGAUGAAGAUAAGGGUAUCAUCUUGUUCGAUUGCAGCGAUGAAAAUACUGAUCAAAUGUUCUUCACUAUUAACAAGGAUAACCAAGACUUGAUACCGAUCGCUCCGCCCAAUGCCAAUUACACAGCUAUAGACGGAUCUUCUACCUCUUCUGCCGCUUCUGGAUCUGGUAUCGCGGCUGUACAGACUGAUCUUACUACCUCAGCCGGCUCUGAAUCUACAUCGGUAGUCUCCACUACCUCCGAGUCGGCUGUCAGCGCCAGUGAAGCUACCACUACCUCCGGAUCAGCCACAAGCGAUGAAGUCACGAGUGUCUCGGCUUCUUCCUCAGAAGCUAUUAGUAGCUCUGAGUCAGUCAGUGAAAGUGCAUCCACUUCACUUCCCACUGCAAGUAUCGAAUCAACCGAAGUUGCCUCCAGCACCGCAGCGUAA